CAACACAUUACCCUUUGUUUCAGCCCGACUAACAACCCCUUCAUCAGACACCCUAGAAUUGUUGAAUUCUGAUAAGAGCAACUAGUCAUCAUUAUGGUGGACAUCAACUUGGAAUGCGUACAUCAGAUAGAGCCGAAGACCCGCUCCACGGGGCAGCAGCAGCAGGGUCUGAAGGAGGCCUACUUGGAGGCGGUACGCAUUUUGCUGGUAUUGUUGGAGAACGUUCUGGCUCAGCCGGAGAACUCCAAGUUCCGUACCAUACGUUUGGAGAACAAAGCGAUCAAAGAGAAGCUACUCACCCUGCCCGGCUGCGAGAGGCUGCUGGACGCCAUUGGCUUUAUUCGCGCCCCUGAAUCCAACGUUUACACCUUACCCACCGAUGUGUCCCUGCAGCAGGUGCAGAAGUAUCGGGAUGCACUGAGCGAACGGCGUUCUGCCUGGCUUAGCGGCACCUUGCCAAAGAGUCCGCCCCAGCAUAGCGCCGCCAGCAACACGCUUUCGCCCCUGUUUAUCAAGCCAUCGGUGGAGUACCGCCAACGUAUUGCUUUUCCUCGGGUGCUGCGAACCACCAACAACUUUUUACAGUCGCUGGAACUGUACUCUGAUGCCGUCAUGCAGUACGAGGACGAGCUGCUGCUGGCUACUGGCCGUACUCUGAUACCCGUGGAAGAACUGACCGAAAAAGCUAGUGAAAAGUUGAUGGAAAUGCAGGAGCAGAUUGCCUCAGGAGAGUGCCAAGAAAAGGAGCCCUGUGUCCGCGAUCUGCUGCUCGUGGAGCUGGUCAACUGGUUCAACACGCAGUUCUUUCAGUGGGUAAACAACAUACCCUGCAGAGUUUGCGGAAGUGAGGAGGGCAAGCUACGGCGGACCCAAAAGGAGGGAGAUGUCCGUGUGGAAGUCACCGUCUGCUGCGGCCAGGAGAGCAAGUUUUAUCGCUACAACGACAUUUCCCAGCUUCUGGUCUCACGAAAGGGCCGUUGCGGAGAGUAUGCUAAUUGUUUUACAUUCUUUUGCCGCUGCAUGGACUACGAUGCACGUAUUGUGCACUCCCACUUCGACCACGUGUGGUCUGAGGUGUACUCCGAUGCGCAGAUGCGCUGGUUGCACGUUGACCCUUCAGAGAAUGUUGUGGACUCGCCACUUAUGUAUCAGCACGGGUGGAAACGCCACAUCGACUACGUGCUCGCCUACUCGCGCGACGACAUCCAAGACGUGACAUGGCGCUACACAAACGACCAUCAAAAAAUCCUACAACUGCGCAAACUGUGUAGUGAAAAGGAACUGGUGCAAACACUGGAUCAGAUUCGCUCAAAGCGGCGACGAAAUUGCACCGCUGAAAGGAUAUUGUUCCUUGGGCAGCGCAACAUGUGCGAAGUUAUCAGCUUGACCCUCGAGCGGGUUCCAACGGAAAACGAGCUUAAGGGAAGAAGCUCAGGCAGUCUCUCAUGGCGACAGUCGCGGGGAGAGCACACUUUCACCAACAUUUUUGUCUUCACCCUAUACGAAGCCGAGCUAAAGAAACGACAACUCAAUUUGCGUUACAGUUGCGCCACCGACACGUAUGAACGAUAUGUCAAUGAUACCGGAGUCGUCACUAUUCUGGAUACCUAUAAAACCUGGCAAAAAGCGCAAUUUUCCUCAAAAAAUGUUUUUCGAAAAGUAGAGCGCGAUUGGAAAAUGGCUUAUUUGGCUAGAGUAGAGGACACUGAUAGUGGUGAAAUUGUCUGGAAGUUUGACUUUAGCAAGAGCUGUCUGAAGGUUAAAUCUUACAAGUUGGUAUUCGAGACAAAAACUUUUGGAGAAGGAAAAAUCACUGUAACCAUUGAAGCUAUUGAUGGAAGCGCUUCCGUCGAAAAUGCCAGUGGAUUCCAGAUUGUGGCUAAGCUUACCGGCGGUAAGGGCGACGUUGCGUGGCAGCACACUCAACUAUUUAGGCAGAGUUUGAAUUCCCGGGACUACCCCUUCGAACUUCAUGUGGAAUUACACUAAAUAAUUGUAUUAAAGAUAUUCCGAUAAAGAUAUAAUGAUUGUAAAAAGGCAUGUACGAUUCCCAGAACGGAUAAAAAAAUUAAAUACAAUAAUGUAUAAUUUAUAUUAGGAUUAAGGUUAUGGCACAUGGUGCUAUUUAAGUCAUUCUCCUUAAAGCCUAAAAGCGUUGUUAAAAAAAAAACUAAGAAAAAACUUU